AUGGCAGAAUUUGACCUGAUUAACAGAGACCCAAACAACAUAAAUAACCAUCUUAAGGUACAAUUUGAAGAUGUAUUGGCAGAGCCAGAGGGAGUUCGUAGUCUUGAUUGCGUUUGGAAACUCUCAUACAAAUGCUUCACGUGUUGGAAAUCCCUUUGCUACUUCAUCAUGUCGACAUGCUGUGGAAUAUGCCUCGCAGCAGAAUGGGGAUGCCAGUUUUCUUACAUCGCCUUUUUGCAUGUUUGGAACAUUACUCCAUGCUUCAAGAUCUUGGAGCUGAAUUGUGGAUUCCUCCAGAAGCUUUAUGGUCUCUGUAUCCAUUGUUGUCUUGAUCCCAUGUGUGAAGGUUGCGGGCUGAUAUUUCACAAAUUUCAGAAAAACUGA